AUGAUUUCCAUCAUCAUCAUCAUCUUCAGUAACGGAGACCUUUUCGUACCCUUUGGUAAGCUCCUCCGCUCGCCGGGCCUCCAACUCCCAAUCCGUCCUGACCAAAACCACCACCAUCGUCACCAUACACGAGGCCUGGGCCGCCAGAAGCCCAAACCACAGGCCUUCAAAUUCCCCAACUCACAAAGCCCAAUUACCGGCAAGACCAUUGACGUCAGCGCGAUAAUCUCCUCAUCCCGCGUGAACAUUCCGGCCCACACGUUCCUCACAGAAACCGCGAAAAACAGGGCCGAUAUCCCGAGCCCGAAACUGCAUGCAAGCCCGACUAUAGCCGCGAGUUUCGCCUUAUCGGGCCUUCGGGCCCCGAUCUCGUUCCCAACCCUCGUCGAGACCCCGAAGCUCAGGGAUGACGGGAAAAUAUAG